CAGUAUUUGGGUUACCUAGACUUGUAUUUGCUGUCCAAGUUCUCAAAAGAAAGAAGAAAGCAGAUUUAUAGCCUCAGUCAGCCAGGUGGUCACCCCCACAACUGGACCAGCCUAUGUACACAGUGCUUGACCAGUAUAGAUGCCUUGACCAGUGAAGUGAGGCAGCACAAUGAUAAUACAGUGGGCAAUGGGGCCCUCCCAUUAAGACAGCCCAGUGGAGAGAGAGCAACCAACAGAGAUAAAAGAAACUUUUUGGGUUUUAACCCUGCUAUGACUUCGAUACGGAAUCAUACUUCCCAUGUGUCACGAGAUUCGCCCUAUGGAAUAAUGGAUGUUACAAGUCCAUCAGUCAUAUACAGGGGACCACAGGUGAAUGGAUUUAAAAGUCCAGCUUCAGGUCCAGCUCCACUUCCCAAACAGCCAUCAAUAGCAGAUAAGAUAGCAGAAUAUAUCAAAAAGAGAAAAGCAGUCUCGUACUUUUUGAGUGAUUUUCCAGAGGCUAAAAGUCAAAGGCUGUUUGCUGAUUGCAAAGUUCAGAUUUGGGCAGUGGAAGCAUUGUCAUAUUUGGUCGCAUCUUCCUAUCAUGAAGAUACAUUUGGAGUUGUGCAGAAGUCCUUGCCUGCUAUCUUAACUUCUAUGCUUAGUUUACAAGAGUCAGUAGAAAAAUGCUUCAAGUUGUCAACAGGAGCCAGCCGCAGGGUGCUGAGGGGUCAGAAUGACCCAGAUGGCCUCCGGUUUGCCUUGAAAGCUUCAUUGAGGACAUGUCUGUACAGGGUGGUCAAUAAGUUUAAAGAUCAUUUAAGCAUAAUGCAGUUGCCCCCUGAUCAGACAAGAAAGCUGAAACAGUUUAUGGAGUACAAAGAGUGACACAGAAAAUGAAGAGGAUUACCUGUGAUGACUAAUCAUGAACUGUGGGAAUUGCUAUAAUUGAUGUGGACGUCUGGCUCCUAUGUUAGUUUGUUAUCUGUUCAGUUUUCUUAUGAAGGCAUGAAGUGGAACCAGUGGUUACUUUCCAAGGAAUACCAUACUUUAUUUUAUUUGUAGUACAGAUCCUUGUCAAUAGAAAAAGCACUACCAGAACUGACAAAGUAUCAAACAUGUCCAUUUAUCAUGUCAGAUACAAAACUGCUGCAUCUUGCAGGGAAAUGGGAGAAGUUCCCCGUUACUACAUUAUCAGCAAAUGGGUUUGUCAUCACCUGCAUGCACUCUUACUACCAGCAUACCUUGGAGCUAUAAGUACAUUAAGUUGCAUUUAACAGCAGCCAAUAACAAUGUUCAUAAUAUGAAGAAUUAAAAGGGCAGUUUUUGUUCCAUUUGAUACUUGCGAGUAAUAAAAUAUAAAAUGCUUCAAUAUAGUUGCUGUCUGGGUUAAUUGUUAAUUACAGUUGCAAUUCACAAAUAAGGUCUUGGUUCAAAUUUGUCGUACUUCUGGAAUAUUAGGAAGUAAAACUUAUCUGUCAGUAGGCCUACAUUAGCAAUUCACAAUGAGAGAGAUUUUGGAUGGAGACAUUCAUGUUGUAUAUUAUUUUUUAUCUCACGAUAUUGAUCUUAUCAACCUGGUUUGGGCCUCUUGUAAAUUUUUGGAUUUAAACCUGUGAUAACUAUUUUUUUUACAAUAUGGCAUCCUUUUCUAGGGCUAUGACCAAGACAAAUAUUUUGAAAAUAAAGAAGUCUUGUUACCAUUAA